UUUUUUUAAGUGAAUUGAAGCUAUGAGUAGCGAACGGAUUCGAACUCGAGAACUGCGCACCGAAGCAACCUGUCAACGAAUGGACCUCCUUACAGUUCGAGGCUCAAUAAAUAAGAACGAGAAUCUGUUGACCCUGGUUGAAAAUAACUGAUAGAGCCACAUAGCGUCGCGAUGCGUGUUAUCUAAUGUUUUUCGGCCCGUUAAAGUGGUUCUUUAUAAUCCAAGUUACGAAGUCGCGACCCGGAGCCAGUGGAACGGUUUUCGUCCUUGUGCCACCACGUAUGCGCGUAGUUACUCUUCAAUUAAAAUGCCAUCCUGAAGGAGAGGGAGAAGAAAGAGUCAAGCGGAAGCCCGGGAAGCUCUGGAUGCUGGAAAAGUAAAGAUUGCGCAGCCGAUUCAUCGAUAUCCACUGUCGAAGGAGGCAAGUGCUCCUCGAAGAUGCCGAAGGAAUGAAGCUCUUCUUCUUUUGGGGUGCAAGCAGGAGGAAGUAUUGAGUAUCUCGAGAGGGCCCGAAAGCAUUGGGACGGAAGGUCCAUCCGAUAAACCUCGAAAAGGUUAAAAGUUUCAAGUUAAAAGAAUGGGUGCGACUCAAGUUGUUUUGGGAAGCGUGAUUCUCGGAUUGUUUUGGAGUAGCUUCGUCAAAGGUUUUUUAAUGGGCUCAACCAACAGGUGCGACGCACCGCCCUGCUACUGCAAUCACUACGGGUGGCUCACGUGCGAUUGCAGGAACGAAGGCGAGGAAUUGUUGCUGACAGCGGAAGGCGAGAGAAGAUUGAGCCCUCACACUAGCCGUAUUUUUGUGAGUAAUUGUUCGAGCGUCAUCCUGAGAGACUCGAGUUUGAGCUCGAUGACCGGCUUGCAGUCAGUCGAUUUCCUGAAUAUUGGAAAUUUGACUCUUGCUCGGCAGAGCUUCGAGAUAUCGUCCCGCAGUAGCCACGUCAAGAUAUCCCUGAAGAAUGCAAGUAUCGUGCUGCUGCCCAGUUUUGUCUUCAAUGGAGACGUGUCUGCGAUAAGCUUCGAGAACGUCCAGAUUGGUAAAAUUGGUGCGUUCGCGUUCGCCAAUCUCCACGGCACCGAGAUACUCAGAUUCGAAAAUUGCCAUGUCGAGAGCAUGCAGUCCCAGGCGUUCAAGAAGUUCGACGUGGAACACUUCCAUGCGAUUGGAGGAAGUUUCGGAGAAAACGUGCCGAGUCGCACGCUGAACGACAUCGAGGUUCACCAGGAGUUUAUCCUCGACGGCGUGGACAUGGGCACGGUCAGAAGCGCGGCCUUCAUCCUGAAGGGGCCGAGAACCGUUACGAUUCAGAAUUGCGUGCUCGGCAACGUCGAGAGCGACGCUUUCGUCAUUACGACUCGCGGUGACGUAAUCAUCAAGAACAACGAGUUUCGGAAGGUUAAUGUCGGCGCCUUCCUGCGUAUUAAGGCCGAACCGCUGUCAACGUCUUCGUUGGCCGGUCGCAGCACGCUCAUCUUCAAAAACAAUACAAUUGGCAGCUUCGAGGCAGGUUCGAUAAUGUUUGACAGGCAGAGUUUCCGCGUUGAGCUCGACAGCCUCUACAUAGAUCGGCAGUGCGACUGCUCCCUCCUCCCGACUUGGAAGAACGACAUUGACAUUCUCAACUAUUCGGGCGCAUAUGCGAAAUAUCAUUUGGGAGCCGAAGUCGGUAGCAGGACUUCGCCGCUCGAGGAAUCGAUCCUCCGAAACUCGGGAACGUUGCUCUGCGUCAACGGGCAUGUCGACGGUGGCGCCACGUCGGCGAGCUUCGACGUCUUCGAGGAUCGUUACUGCGCCACGAGUCGGUCCAUUCUGCUUUUCGUCUUGAUCCUCGUUGGAGUUUUCCUGGCGCUAGUGGCAGCCGGUAUUCUGAUUGUCUGGUAUUGCAAGAGAUACCAUCGUAAUAACCAAAAGAGCUGGAUAAGCGUCCCGAAAAAUGCGCCAGACCUCAUCUCUAACAAUAAGAAGAACGGCGUUAUCGGUAAGGACGGUGCUACUGCUCGCGACAGAAGGAUAACCAUGGUGGUACCGGACGGCAGAAUGUAUAGAGAAACUGAGUUUCAUGUGAUCGUUGAAAAGGCCGAACCACUUACUACGGAACUCUAAGAAAACUAAAACUUUCCACGCCAUCCCUGAGAUUACAUUAAAUUCGCCUAUCACACUCGAUCGUAACUUCGCAGUUGCAUCUCUUCCUUUUCUGAAAUCAGUUUUCCGUCCAAGGACGAAACCCGAGGACAUGGCGGAUGCCGUACGAAACAAGUAGAUCAGCAAUUUCUGGCGAUAAGUGACGAAUAGACGAAUAUUCAAAGACCGAAGACUCUAGAACUGAAAUGCAUUCGAGCAAGUAGAUACAUGACGCGGUGGAAUCGUAAAUUCCGUAUUGCAAGGAAGUUAGAAGUUAGUGGAGGUUAGAGUCUGACGUUGACAGAUGGAAUGUCAGUAAUUUUUUUAAAUUUUUACCACGUGCCAUCCUGACUAUCGAAAUGUCAGAAAUUUAUUGUUUCAUUAAAGAUAUACCACUGAAAGAUAGCCACUCCCAAUUGAAAAGAUUCAAAUUGACCCAAGUAACGUUAAAUCCUGCAUAUUUAAAUCCUGCACCUUUUCGUUAUUCUAACACGCAGUUAGUACCAAUAUAAAUUUCAUAGGAGCGCGCGACGCACUCUCGAUCGACGAAACUGUUGGAGAAUCCUCAAGUAUUUCUUUGCUUAGCGUGAAAAAAUAACAAGACUGUUCGAGUGAGAUAGAUUUUACUUGCGCCAUGGAAAACGUGUAUAGACUCUGAAGAAUGAAGGUUGAACAUUUCACGAGAGAUUUGCUAGUGAUAAGACUAAAAGGCAAUAGCAGAACGAAGAGCUCUAACAUUCGCGUAUCACCUCUCUGAUAAUUCUAUUGAAACGAAUGCAUGAUCAACAUUUAUCGACUAUGCGCGUUGCAGCAGGAACAGCAAGUAGUCCGUAACCUACUGGCUAUUGCAUUAUGUCAUUAACGACAAGAGCAGACGAUCAUCUAUCCUCAGGAGCUCCUACAUUAGCUCCUACAUUAUACAACGAAUUUCACAUCGUCCCGAGAGGACCAGAGUUUCGCCGUGUCAGAAGAUACGGAGUAUUUGAACAAGAAUUAGGAAGUCAUAUCCCGAGACGAUAGAGUCCGAUAAUGGCGCUAGAGUAAGGACCGGCAGAGGAAAAGAUGACGCGUAAAAUUGUCAUGUCAUAAAUUAUUGUCAUAAUUAACGAUCUCCCUGAGUGUCAUUCUGAUGAUUCGAGUUCCACUGUCGGAACGACACAACAGACCGAUUGUCAGUGUACAUCGGUGUGCAUAAAAUGUGUAUAUCGAGUGUCUUAGAAUUGGUCUAUGUAAUUCGAUUGUUAAGUAAUGUCCCGUUAUUCAUUGUUUUAACAGCCUCGAAAUGAUCAGAGUGUCACGACGGAUUUUACAGCCCAUAAUAUAUGUAUGCUAUUUUCUGACGACGGUGCAGAUAUUAUUCACUAUUAUUAGGUAAGCUAGGUAAGCAUACUAAAAAGUUGAACAACAAAAAGUUAAUCGUCAAAUAUGUCACGAAGAAUGAAUAUUAAAGCGCGUCUUAUUGCAGAUUAACUAAUGUGCCGACCUUCGCGCCUCAUUCUCGUGAACAUCGCAGCUGAAGCAACGUACAAAAAUAAAUACGGGCGCAUAACAGUUAACUCCUGUAAAUAGCGUUUAGUGCCAAUUAUCAUGACUGUAAUAUAUGUAUAACGACAAUCGGGAAUAUGAUUUCUCUUGCACAGAGACACUACGUGAUAAAUGAUAAAUAAAGCGAUAAUGAUUAAUUAGU